AUGGGUCCAGGAAACCGUCAAGACCUUGAAAUGUUUGAGGUCGUUGUGGAUGAUGAGGAUGAGGAUAAGGAAGGCAGCAAUGAUGUUGCUGACGAUGAUUCCAGUGACGAGGAUUGGGGGAAGAGUGGGGACAAAGACCUAGUUGCUGAGGAGGAAGAGGAGCUUAUGGAAUUGGAGGAUGAGCGAUAG